GCGUCGCGCCUCAGCCUGCUACGUCCACCAUGCAAGCGACCUGCCGCCUGUACAUCCUCCUAUUCCUCUGCUACUCUGCCGUCUCUGUAAACGCCAUCCUAGGUCACAAAUGGGAGGCUACGGACUUCUGCAAAUGUAUAUGCUUUCAAAAUUACACCAUUCUGCAUAUGCAGAUUCCAGACAACCCGAAGCAGCCGUGCCUGUCAUGCACGAAGCAAUGGUGUCUCAAUCAGAACCUACCGAUAUGUGCCAACGCGAAACUCGGUGAUGCCAAUCCCGACACGGCAACGGGAAAGGAAGGUGAUGUUGAGGCCAGAUGUUUCCAGAGGGACUCUCCUCGAGAUCAGUUGGUCGUGACUAUCUUUCUCCUGACAGUCUUUGGGCUGCUUCUGGGUGCCGGGAUCAAAGGCAGGAUGGUGAAGGCCGGACUAGAUCCGAGUCUGCCAUGGAGCGCAGGUAGGAGGUGGUGGGAGGCGUGGGUUCCUCAAAGACAACCUGAGGAUAUCAGGUUGGACCUGAGCAACCGGGUGCGCGAGCUUUGGAGCCGCAACCGACAGGACGUCAGACCGCAGGAGUACACGAGCGUGUCCGACAGCCCGACCUACUGAUCCUGUCUCUUCUCUUCCGAUGAUAUUGGCGGAUUCCGUGUUGCUCCAUGCAUGUAUAUUUAUUUUGUAAUCUAAUCCGGCUGUUUCUGGCGUGAAGCAGGCAUUGUGUACUCAAUUGGCU